AUGGCCUCGACACCUCAGACCAUCUACCUCGCUGUGUGCCAAAAGCACACUCUCCGCACGACAGAGGAAACGUUGGAGGCUCUAUCCCAGCAAUGCCGAAAAGCGGCCAAGGAGGAACCCUCUCCGGACCUCAUUCUCUUCCCCGAAGCCUACCUUGGUGGCUAUCCCCGCGGGACGACGUUUGGCACUGCCGUCGGAGGGCGCACUGCCGAGGGUAGGGAGCAGUUCCUGCGCUAUUUCAAGGACGCCGUGGAUCUGGGGGAUACCCCGGAGGGCGCGGGGGAGAAGUGGGUGAUGAGGGAGCUCGAGGGGCAAGAAGAGAUUGGCGUGAAAAAAGGCCGACGAGGCGACGGUACGCGAGAGCAGCUUGAACAGGUGGCGCGAGAGACUGGCAUCUUUAUUGUCACAGGAUUGGUCGAACGAGCCGGUGGCACCCUUUACUGUUCCGUCGUUUACGUCUGUCCCACGCUGGGAGUGAUUGGGAAAAGGAGAAAGGUCAUGCCGACAGGAAGCGAGCGUUUGAUCUGGGGCCAAGGACAGCCAUCGUCGCUCCGCGCCGUGACGACGAGCAUCAAAGGUGUCCGUAUCACGCUGGCCGCUGCCAUCUGCUGGGAGAAUUACAUGCCACUCCUGCGGCAUUCACUCUAUAGCCAGAACGUCAACCUCUACUUGGCACCGACGGCGGAUGCGCGCGACACUUGGACGGCGCUCAUGAGAACGGUGGCCUGCGAGGGAAGGUGCUUUGUCUUGAGCGCGAAUCAAUGCUUCAAAAAGAAGAACCAACCGGCGUGGAUUUACGGCGAAAAGUCGGAAAGCGACGAGUUUGUAUCCAGCGGGGGUUCGUGCAUCGUGUCUCCCCUAGGAGAAGUCCUUGGAGGGCCCUCAUGGGAGGAUGAGGAUGGCAUGCUAACGGUUGGCGUGAAUUUUGAUGAUUGCCUGCGAGGUCGACUAGACCUAGAUGUGGCCGGGAGCUAUUCCAGAAACGAUGCGUUCAAGCUGACCGUUACCGGACUUGAUAUCAGUCCUCCGAUCUGA